AUGAGCAGGCCAAGGUCACCACAGCGACGUCCGGAAAGACGAUCUUCGGCUGGGAACCGCCAGGGAACUGCGGAUGCAUUUUCGCAAGAACUACUGGCAAAUGUAGCGGACGGCUUGCGCAUCGAGAUUGCCAAUGCCCUCAGAGCAUCGGACCGCAAGCAGCGGAGACCGGACGUUGCGAGAGCAGCCGAUGAGUUGCAGCAGGCAGAGCGCGAUGCAUUGGGACGCGAGAUUUUGCGCAACGCAAACCAGGAGUUGGGACGACGCUUUGACCAUUUGGAUGCUUGCCACGUGCAAAUCCGAUCGACUGGCGAGUACAUCCGAGAGGCCGUGGACAGUUUGAGCACGCAAAUGUCUCAGCUUGGAUCGCGGACCGAGCUGUUGGAGGGCCAGAAGGAACUAGAAGAUCCUACGUACCGCAUCCCCGAUCACAAGGAGAUACUCCUCGAGGUGCAUGAAGCGCAGAAGUCGGCGCAUGCACAGCUGAGAAACGACCUGCAUGAGCUACGCGAUCAAAUCGAAGAGUCCCUGCACGACAGGACUGGAAAUGUGAAGCUGGAGGCACUCUUGCAUUCUCUGCAGUCCGACCUUCAGAGCUUGCGCCAAGAGAUGAGCCACUCAAACGAGUGCCUGGGCGAGACUCGGGAGCUGGUUGAGUUCGCAGCUGCUGACCAAGGUCCAAAGGUCGAUUUGCUGAAGGCCGAUGUUGAGUCAGGUUUCCAGAACCUCCGUGUGGACGUGGCAAGCUCGAAGAAGCAAUCCUCUCAAGAAGUUCGACUUAUGCUUGGCGAGAUGGCCCGUAUACAGAAGUUCAUGGGCGUUGACUACCUGUCGCUGAAGUCGCUCCCAGAUGUUGGCUCGGAGAGUCCCUCUGCUGCGGCGAGGACCUCCCUCCGAAGCUCGCGCACAAUAUCCCUGAACGAGGAUAAGCUCGUGUCGACAACGGGCAGUGAUGCGCUUGGCGAUCUGGAAAAGCCGCAGAAGGAGUCUUCCCCAACGCGGCGCCGAUCCUUUCGGGCUGCCACUCGGAGAUUGCAGAGCAACGAUUGUUUGGAGGAGCAUGCCAGCACCGGCGAGGCCGUCAUCGCCGCGAUGCAUCCCAUUCGGCUGCGGGACCUUGGCUUGCAGACGGAGAAUCAUACUCACGACAGGGCUGCCCAAACCGACUCCACUAAUGUGGAAUUUUCGAAGAAGAAGGAGAAAAAACGGCUGGCCGCCGCGCAACUGGAUCCGAAGAAGAAGCUGCGAGUGGAAACUCAAAGAGCCUCCGUGUUUGCCGGUGCAGAUCAGCUCAAGAGGGAUGCGCAGCUCGCUUCGAUGAAGCCACCUUACAAUGUGUUUGAGUACUACCACGAGACUGGCCUGGCACAAAGGAUUGCCAAGAGCCCCAUGUUCGAGAAUGUUACUCUGUCAAUUGUCUGCCUCAGCGCACUGUGGAUUGCAGUGGACGCUGACCUCAACACUGCUGCGGCCCUCAUCGAUGCGGACCCUGUCUUCCAGAUUAUGGAGAAUGUGUUCUGCACAUACUUCAUCCUGGAGAUCUUGGUGCGGUUCUGUGCCUUUCAAAGGAAAUGCAACUCUUUCAAGGAUCCUUGGUUCGUCUUCGACAUGAUUUUGGUGCUGCUCACCGUUGGAGAGGUUUGGAUUUUGACCCUUGUCCUUGCUGUUACCGGGCAGCAAACGUCGAUGAUACAGGGCACCGGCCUUCUGCGGAUGCUGCGCUUGGUGAGGGUCUUUCGGCUGACGAGGAUGACGAAGCUUCUGCGGGCCUGCCCCGAGCUCAUGAUCGUCCUGAAGGGUCUCGCCUAUGCCAUGCGAUCCGUGAGCGUCUUCUUCGGAGUGUGGAUCAUCCUCAUCUACUUCUGCAGUGUGAUGUUCAGGUUGUUCGCUGAUGGAAGCGAGAUCGGCACUGCGGCUUACUUCGAUUCCGUCUUGUCCGUCAUGAACACCCUGUUUUUGCGAGGCAUCUUCGGCGACAACGCGGACUUCAUCGUCAGCAUCACAUCUGUCGACCCCUGGAUGUGGGCCUUCUUGAUACCGUUCUUGGCGGUU